UAACGUAACACACUCUUCACGGUACAACGCGCGCGCGGCUACAGGGUAUCAUAUUUCGUCUCUCACCGCCGCCGCUGCGACGGGCUGGGCGGCAUCGCGAGAAACGGAUUCGUUUCGCCCCCCCCCCCAGCGCCACCGCCGCCGCCUCCGCCCCGCCCUCGCUGCGCGGACAUCGGCCCCGAGCUCCUCGGCGGCGGCGACGAAAGCGGGUCCACGGCCGCGAAAGGAUCGGAGGAGGACCCGAUCCCCGCGCCGCCCGCGCCGACGCCGCCGGCGUCGCGCGCGAACAGAGGGUUCACGACGCUCGAAUGCCCCGGCGGCGACGCCAUCGGCGGCAGUCCUCCGUACCCGCUUCCCGGCGGCGUCGACACGCCGGGCGACGGCGCGACGUAGGACUCCCCGAACGGGUUCGUGCUGCUCGCGGCGGCGGUGGAUCGCGUCGGCGCGGGCGACGCCGCGAACGGGUCCGACACCGCGUUGUGAUCCGACGGCAUCGGCCCGAGGAGAUCGUCGAGGGUCACCUCGCCCGCCGCCGCCGGCAUCGCCGCGGGGAUGGGCUCGAGGCGAUACCCCGGGUGCGCGGGGAGCGUCUGCUCCGGGACGGACGUCGGGCCCAUGCGCCCGUGGUUCGGGACGACCUCUGGUCGGACGUCGAACGGGUCGACGACCGCCGCGGACCUCUCGGCGGAGAGGUCGACGAGAUCCGCGGGCGCGCGGCGGCGCGCGCGGCCGUCCGCGCCGUCUCCGCGUCCGGCGGCGCCGCCGCACUCCCGUCCGCGGUCCCUAUCGCGCCCAGCGACGCCAACAGCGCGGCUUUCGCGUCCGGGUCCGCUCUCGAGAUCUCCACUAAAAUGUCGUACCGUUCCAGCGCGGCGCCGAUGUCGUCGUUCAGCGACAACGCGGACAUCAGCAACCCCUCGUCGCUCACGCUCUGCACCAGCGACACGACCCGCGGCCGCAUCGCGCGGCACUGCGCGCUGAGCUCCGCGAUCUCGUCCGCGUUAACGAGCUGCGACAGCGGCGGGUACGACCGGUACGGGUCGAUCCCCGCGAUCAUGUCCCGGAGGACGCCGACGGAAUUCGCCGCGACGGCGAUGUCGUCCCUGAGCUUGGCGACCGCCUCGGGCGAGGACGAGUCCACGGGCUCGGCGUCCGCGGGCGGCGGCUGCUCCUCCCUCGCGCUCGCGGCCAACGCCGCGGCCAUGUCGUCGUCGUAG